CUAACAGAGAGUCCUGACCUAGAAUCAUCAACAUUUAGCAGCACAAAUUCUCGUUUUUCUCAACACUUUCCUGAUCACAUCGACAGUAUGAAUACUGCGGCAUUGCCGAUUUAUUUUCUAGCUAUUGCCCUACUAUCGUCAAUCGAUCAAAUUGCUUCUCUGACAACGUUUGAAAAUACUUUCAAGGAAGUCAGCUCCGUGUGGUAUGAGAAAGGCAGAAAAGAGGCCAAUACACUGUUGGCCAGAAGUAAAUAUCCUAGCUCACCAACGGAAAUUACAGAGGGGAUAUUUGGGAAGCGCACCAGUCCACAUGAAUCUGGAAAAAAUACCGAGCAAGAGAAGACAGCUGCUCAACUGGCGAAAACAUCUCCUCAAGAGGACCUGAGAGUAAGAGUCUAUCGGAAAAUUUACGAGGUUCAAACUUUUGAAUUUCCUGGGAAUCCAAGAUUCCCUAUUGGCCUCAGAUCAACACUCCUCAGGACUUUCAGAAGAAGCUUUGACAAGUCUUUACGAGAAUUUUGA